CAAGUCACAUAUUGGUCUUCAAGUCAGAACCCUGAGCUCAGUUCCAGUGUUUCGCUAGGGUUUUUGUUUCCACCGGAAGUAAACUCCGACGACUGCAAUGGGAACUGGUUGGACUUUGGACGCGAAGGAAGUCCCCAUAAUCGGAAGCGACGCUGUUCGCUGGAUCGACCUCUCCGUCCCUUCCUCCGCCAACAUCGCCGUCGGCAGCGGCGCCACACCUCUCGCUCCUCCCACCACCGACAACCGUGCCUCUUGCUCCGCCAUCGGAGAUCCUCCCACUUACCUUAUCUGGAGAAUUCACAAGGACCAUUCUCAAUCUCUUGAACUGCUCGAGGUCUCUGCUUCCAAAGAAUUUCCUCGUUUCGGGCUCAGAUUCACUUUCCCCGACGCGCUUUGCCCCUUCGCGUUCAUCUGCAAAAACGAGAAUAGUGGCAGUUCUAGGUUCCCCUACUUGCUUUACGUGUUGACAGUGUCUGGCUUGGCUUACCUCUUGAGGAUUCGAAAUGUUUGUGCAUAUGCGUCGUGUUCUAUUAUCCCUGUGGAUGAGCUAUUCGAGUUUGAUGUGCGGGGUUAUGUUUCCAAUAAUGCGGCAAUAACUGCAGUAACAGCGACCGCUGGGGUUCUUGUUAUUGGCACGAGUGAUGGUUCUGUUUGCUGUUUCCAGCUUGGUGUACUCGAUCCUAGCGCUCCUGGUUUUUUGCAUGAGCUGAGAGAUGAAGCUGGAAUCAGCCGAUUGUGGGGUUUAAUAUCUGGGGGUAAAAUGGUGGCUAGUGCACAAGACUUGGUAAUUUGUGAGUUGCAUGAGAAAAAGUUUUUGUUUGUGCUUCAUUUGGAUGGGACGCUACGAAUUUGGGAUCUUGCAUCUCAUGCCAGGGUCUUUACUCAUAACAUGGGUGUUAUGACCAUGGCAGGUGCUAACUUUCAGAGGUUAUGGGUGGGUCAAUCUUACCCCGAAUUAAGUAGAAUUCCUCUGGCAAUCUUGUAUGGACAUUCUCCGGAUGAAAAUUUGGGGAUGAUAUCCUUACAUGGUAUCCUGUACAAUGUUGGCGACAGAAUUAUUUUCUCUAUGGAGCCUUCAGUACAAAAUCUUUCCUUGGAGGAGGGACGAUGCCUUGAUGUUAAAUUAAUGUCUAAUAAGAUAUGGAUACUGAAGGAUGAUGAAUUAGUAUCACACUUGCUAUCUACAGAUAUUUAUGAGGCAGAAGCAUUUUCUCUUGCUUUACAGGAAGAAUUUGUUGCUGAACAACUAUUUCAAAAUUCAGAACAUCUUGUAGAUGAAAUUUUGCGGAUCACACAUUCAAUAUUUUCUUCUUCGAAGGAGGAUAUUUUAUCUUUUGUAUCUUCUAUUUUCUUAAGAAGGCUGCUUCUUCCAGGGGUUCAUCUUAAUGCUGCUUUGUAUGCAACUCUAGUUGAGUAUAACAGGCAUUUGGCCGAGUCUGAGUUACAAACAUUAACUGCUGAUGGACUGAAAAAGGAGAUACUUUCACUCAUAGAACAUGAGGUUGCAUCUGAAAAGGUGUCCAUAUUACAUUGCUGGAAAUGCUUUUUCACUCGCUAUUUCCAUAACUGGUGCAAGAACAACGCAUUAUAUGGUUUGCUUUUUGAUUCUUCUUCUGGUGCUGUUGGUUUAAUCAGAAAAAAUUCUGUUUCACUUUUUCGAUCUUUGGAAGAUAUCGAGCGGAUUGUAGAAGGCUCUUCAGAUGAAGUUAAUGAGCUCACAGGCCUUGCGGAUUUAUUUGAUGACGAUAUCGAAUAUGAAAUUCUGAUCGACCUGCUUAGAUGUGUUAUAGGUUUCAGCCAACAAUUGGGCAAAACUGCUUCUUCUAUAUUUUAUGAAUCGCUUUUAACUGCGUCAGUGAUCUCUUCUGAAGAUAUUGUUCACUGUAUAAUGAAGAUUCUGGAAACUGGUUAUUGUAUAUCAGGUCCAGUGCUCCAAACUUCAACUUCUGGGGAUAAUAUAAUUGUUCUGGAGAAGGAACUAGCAGAUCAUAAAAGUCUGAGGAAACUUUCUGUUGAUAUGUUUUUGUCUCUUCAAGGUUUGUUCAGAAAGGCUUCUGAAUGGGGCAAGGUUUUAAAUGUAAUUGAAGGUUUCCUGAAAUUUUUGGUUCCACAGAAAAUAAUGCACAAGUUUGAUACCGAAAUUUCAUCAAACAUAAAUUCUUCCAUUAUAGUACACACCGCAUAUCAGAUUGCAAAGGUGAUGUUUGAAACUGCCUGGGAUUUUCUUCUAUUUUUAAGCUAUUUGGUGGAAAUCAGUGGUCAGAUCCAUUUGUCACCUGAUGAUAUAACUAAAAUACAACUUGAGUUAGUUCCAAUGCUUCAAGAAACUAUUUUUGAAUGGCUAGUUAUCAUCUUCUUUGCCAUCACACCUGCUACACCAGCUGUUACUGAGGACUUCAAUUCUAAACUUUCAUCAUUACAAAUAGGUAAGUUGUAUGCUGUAACAUGCCACUCGUGCAAAUUUACAUAUAUUCAGAUGGGUUUAUCAUUAUAAGGGGACAGAGACUCAUAAUUGCUCCCUUUCUCAAAAUCAAAAUAGAAAGAUAUUCGAUGUUUUAAAUAAGCUUCCCAAUCAUCAUUGAAAAUUGCAGGUUAUGUCUUAGAAUUACGAAAAUUGACUGCAUUGUUAAAAGAUCCUAGUUGUUAUUGGGAAUUCCUUCUAAUGUUUAAUUUUUAGUUUUCACACUAAGAUUUCUGUCUGUUGACCUGGUUAUUUGAUAGGUUCUUGUUUCAAAUAUUGCUUCUUUGCUUGAUAGUUUAUGCACAUGGAGCACAUUAUAUUGAUCAAUAGAACAUUAAGGUUAAACAUUGCCACAUCCGACAAUAUAGAGAAUGAGAACCAUUUGCAACAGUGAUGUUUACUUGAGUAAGGAUGAUAGGGCAAGAAAUGUGAAAUAGCUGGAUAAACAACUUGAGAGAGAUAUCCUAAAGCAAGAAAUUGAUUUCACAGUGAAGCAAUAAGCCAACUGAACUAAGGUUUUGAGGAAAGUCUUCUCCUACAAGUGGGACUAGGCUAGAUAGUGGCUAGAAUGGAGAAAGUGUUCACCUGUGAGUAGUAUGGCACCAAUUCGAGGUCAAAGAAUAAUCAGGAAGGCAGCUUGGAGUUAAUGUGCCGGCAUUUCUUGAUUCUAUAAUUGUAAGGGACCCGAAUACAUUGGGUCUCCGUGGAUGAGCUGUUAUGAGGAAGCUGCUCCUGGUAAGGUCUCCAGUCAGGUAAACGGUGGUGAGCGAUGGCUUCCACGAGUCUGCUCUCCUAAAGUCAGCAUUGGGCUAACUCAAGGUGGCUGCAAUGAAGGCGGCUUGGGUGAAGCAGAGUCUCCCAGAUUGAGAGCUUUGAUAACGACUUGAAAGGGCUUAAUAAUUAGUAAUUUAUUCAGUGACGAUUCACAAUAUACAAGCUCUAUUCAUAAAGGUUAUUGUCCGUGAAUCCUAAAUUCCUAAUUAAUGAAAAUAAAAAGUAGAUAAAAAUCUGUCCUAAUUUACAUAAUGGUAUUUAAGAAAAAAUGGAAAGAAUGAAAAUUUUCUAUUACAAAUAGUACCAUUCCUGGUUUUUGAGGAAUUGUUGGAUGAAUUGGGGGGAUCUUCUAUCUUCUCAAAGCUGGACUUUAUGAUCAAAUCUGUAUGAAGGAGUGUGGCAAUGUUGAAAAUCUUCAACUGAAUUUCAUUGAUUGAAAAGGUAAUGAAUACAUGAGAGAUUACAGUAUUUAUACUAUGAGAUUUGUUAGCUUGCAGAAGAAACUAACUCUAACUAACCUUGACAGCUAAGCUUUGACAGCUAAGCAUGUAACUAACUCUCUAACAAACCUGCCAGCUAGGCACAACUAACUGAACAGAACACAGUCAGCAUUAACCUAAUGACACUUAUCAGUAACACUAACAUAGCAGUAACUAUAUUACUCUAAUAGGCCCCCUCAAACUCAAGGUGGGGGAGAAAGUGAUUUCUCAAUCACAUUGAGUUUGUCACGAAGAGUUUCAAAACGAAGUGGUGAUAGAGCCUUGGUAAACAAAUCUGCCAGCUGAUCAACAGAAGGAAUGUGAUGCACAAAAAGAGACUUGUUGAGAACUUUUUCUCUCACAAAGAAGAUGUCAAGCUCCAUAUGUUUAGUGCGAGUGUGAAGAACUGGGUUAUGAGUCAAAGCCACAGCACCCAUGUUAUCACAAAACACCCUAGGAGGAGAAAAAGGAAUCUGCAACUCCUGCAAAAGAGACUGAACCCACAACAGUUCAGCAGAAGUAUUAGCUAGGCUCCUGUAUUCGGCUUCAGUACUCGAUCUAGCCACCAGGGUCUGCUUCUUUGAGCUCCAAGAGACAAGGUUUGGACCAAAAAAGACACAAGAGCCUGAGGUGGAUCUCCUGUCAUCAGGAUCUGAUCCCCAAUCUGCAUCACAAAAGGCCACAAGAGGGACUGGAGUGUGCAAACUACAAGGCUUGAGGUGCAGGCCAUGAAAGAGAGCACCCUUAAGGUAUCUUAGGAUCCUUUUAACAGCCUUCCAAUGCUCUUGUAGAGGCUGACUUAGAAACUGACAGACCUUGUUAACUGCAAAGCUAAUCUCAGGUCUUGUUAAAGUUGCAUAUUGGAGAGCACCAACUAUUGAUCUAUAGAGAGUUGGGUCAGCAAAGUAAUCUGCUCCAUAUUUGCUGAGUUUUGCUCCACUAACCAUGGGAGUAGAGAUCCCCUUGGCCUCUCCCAUUUCUGCCCUUUCAAGAAGGUCAGUUAUAUAUUUAGUUUGUGUCAAAAGCAAGGACCUGUCCUGAAGAUGAUGCACUUGAACACCAAGAAAGUAGUCAAGUUGGCCUAAUUGCUUCAAGGAAAAUUCAGAGUUGAGGUUCUGCACUACUUUCUGAACCAGAGUCAAGGAAUUGCCUGUAAUGAUAAUAUCAUCUACAUAGACUAGUAUGUAGAUGCAGCAAGUUGGAGUGUAGAAAGUGAAGAGAGAUGGAUCACAUCUACUUGGUUUAAAACCAUACUUCACAAGGGCUGACUUCAAUCUGUCAAACCAAGCUCUUGGGGCCUGUCUAAGGCCAUAAAGAGCUUUGUUAAGUCUGCAAACAAGAGAUUUGUCUUCAUGCUGAAAUCCACUUGGUUGCUGCAUGUAUAUCUCCUCUUGAAGAGCUCCAUUUAAAAAGGCAUUAUUCACA